UCUGUGGGUUGCCGGAGGCUGGGGCAGCUGUGGAGACUGGGGUGUGAGAGCUAGUGCGAGGGAGCGAAAGGUGACCCGGGCUAAAGGAGGGGACGCACUACCGGGCGCCCCCAGUCUAUGGAGCGGAGUAAGAUGGCGGAGGCGGAGAGCCUGGAGACCGCGGCAGAACACGAGCGGAUCUUGCGAGAGAUCGAGAGCACCGACACGGCCUGCAUCGGGCCCACGCUCAGGUCUGUCUAUGAUGGUGAAGAACAUGGACGAUUCAUGGAGAAGCUUGAAACUCGUAUCCGUAAUCAUGACAGAGAAAUUGAGAAAAUGUGCAACUUUCAUUACCAAGGCUUUGUGGACUCUAUUACCGAACUGCUGAAAGUGAGAGGAGAAGCCCAGAAACUCAAAAAUCAAGUGACGGAUACUAAUAGAAAACUACAGCAUGAGGGAAAGGAACUGGUAAUAGCAAUGGAAGAGCUGAAGCAGUGUCGACUACAACAGAGAAAUAUUUCUGCCACUGUUGAUAAAUUAAUGCUGUGUCUUCCAGUCCUAGAGAUGUACAGCAAACUGAGGGACCAGAUGAAAACUAAAAGGCAUUAUCCUGCACUGAAAACUCUGGAACAUCUAGAACAUACCUAUCUGCCUCAAGUAAGCCACUAUCGAUUCUGCAAGGUGAUGGUGGAUAACAUUCCCAAGCUUCGAGAAGAAAUAAAGGAUGUUUCUAUGUCUGAUCUCAAAGACUUUCUGGAGAGCAUCCGCAAACAUUCAGACAAAAUUGGAGAGACUGCCAUGAAGCAAGCUCAACAACAAAGAAACCUGGAUAACAUUGUCUUGCAACAACCCAGAAUAGGCAGCAAGAGAAAAUCUAAGAAAGAUGCAUAUACGAUCUUUGAUACAGAGAUGGAAAGCACUAGCCCCAAGUCAGAACAGGAUUCAGGAAUUCUGGAUGUUGAAGAUGAGGAAGAUGAUGAAGAGGUCCCUGGGGCCCAAGAUUUGGUGGACUUCUCUCCUGUUUAUCGAUGUCUACACAUAUAUUCGGUUCUGGGUGCCCGGGAAACAUUUGAGAACUACUACCGAAAGCAGAGGCGAAAACAGGCCCGUUUAGUGCUCCAGCCUCCAUCUAACAUGCAUGAAACUUUAGAUGGCUAUAGGAAGUAUUUUAAUCAAAUUGUAGGCUUUUUUGUGGUUGAAGAUCACAUUUUACAUACAACCCAGGGCUUAGUAAAUAGAGCCUACAUCGAUGAACUGUGGGAAAUGGCACUUUCAAAGACCAUCGCAGCACUCCGUACCCAUUCGUCUUACUGCUCUGAUCCAAACCUUGUGUUAGAUUUGAAGAACCUUAUUGUGCUUUUUGCUGACACACUUCAGGUUUAUGGUUUUCCUGUAAAUCAACUUUUUGACAUGCUGUUAGAAAUCAGAGACCAGUAUAGUGAAACUCUACUGAAGAAGUGGGCAGGUAUUUUCAGAAACAUACUUGAUUCUGACAACUACAGUCCCAUACCAGUAACAAGUGAGGAGAUGUAUAAAAAGGUGGUAGGACAAUUCCCGUUCCAAGAUACAGAGCUGGAAAAGCAACCAUUCCCCAAAAAGUUUCCUUUCUCUGAAUUUGUGCCAAAAGUUUACAACCAAAUUAAAGAAUUUAUCUAUGCAUGUCUGAAGUUUUCAGAAGAUCUUCAUCUAAGUUCCACUGAAGUCGAUGACAUGAUUCGUAAAUCUACGAAUCUGUUGCUAACCAGGACUCUGAGCAACUCUCUGCAGAAUGUCAUUAAAAGGAAGAAUAUUGGGCUUACUGAGCUUGUCCAAAUUAUUAUAAAUACAACACACUUGGAGAAAUCCUGUAAGUACUUGGAAGAAUUCAUCACCAAUAUCACUAAUGUGCUUCCAGAAACAGUCCACACCACCAAGCUCUAUGGCACCACAACUUUUAAGGAUGCUAGGCAUGCAGCGGAAGAGGAGAUUUAUACCAACUUAAAUCAGAAGAUUGACCAGUUUCUGCAGCUGGCAGACUAUGACUGGAUGACAGGAGAUUUAGACAACAAAGCAAGCGAUUACCUUGUAGACCUCAUUGCCUUUCUGCGGAGCACUUUUGCUGUAUUCACGCACCUUCCUGGAAAGGUGGCUCAGACAGCAUGUAUGUCAGCGUGCAAGCAUUUAGCUACAUCCUUGAUGCAACUUUUGCUGGAAGCUGAAGUAAGGCAGCUCACCUUGGGAGCAUUACAGCAGUUCAACCUGGAUGUCAGAGAAUGUGAACAGUUUGCCAGAUCCGGCCCGGUGCCUGGGUUCCAGGAGGACACGCUGCAGUUGGCCUUCAUCGACUUGAGACAACUUUUGGAUCUCUUCAUCCAGUGGGAUUGGUCAACAUACCUUGCUGACUAUGGUCAGCCCAACUGCAAAUACCUCCGGGUAAAUCCAGUAACAGCUCUGACCCUGCUUGAGAAGAUGAAGGAUACUAGCCGCAAGAACAACAUGUUUGCACAGUUUCGGAAAAAUGAACGAGACAAGCAGAAAUUGAUUGACACUGUGGCCAAGCAGCUGCGAGGCCUCAUCAGCAGCCACCACUCGUGAAGACCUCACCUUGGCCCACACAGGCUGUUUGCUGCAGCCACACAGUCUUGAUCCAGCCCCAGCGGGCCCUGCAUUUGCGCGUUCUUCAAAGAGAGCAUAUGUAUUUUUUUAUUAACCCCUGUACAGUAUUCACAUAACCUUUCCCUAUAGUAAAAGACGCACAAUAAUAAGCAAGUACAUGAGAUGUUGCUAGGCGGAGACUCAGGGGAGGUUAUUACUACACUAUCUGUGUUAUCCUGGAGAGGUGGCAUCACCAAUCCCAACGAGGUGAACCGCCACUCAUGCAUGGCUCUAAAGCUUAGGUCUGUGGCCCAGGAACCACACAGAGUGAGUGCUUGGCCCCGGGAGGUAAGGUGAGUAAGCAGAAGGAUAGUAAAGCAUAUCCUAUUCAUUCUCGGGUGCCCCAUUCACCACCUAGGUGAGGCUGAUCCUUGUUGGCACAAGGCAAAAGCCUGUCAAACAUUACUAUUUAACACACUAAAGACCAGCACAUGGUUCUAGAUGUUCAUCUCCUCAGUCUGCUGACUUCCAUUAGCUGGUAAUCAAGCAUGGCAUAUGGCAAGAUGACAGCUUCACUCCAAUACCCCAAGGAUGGCAGUUUCUUUAGCCUAGCUCUGACCCAAGGCUUUGACUGCUUAUUUUUCUGGGGUAGGCUAGAGCUAAGUAGGCCCUGAUAACUGAAAAUAGUUUUUACUUUACUCUUAGGUAAAACCUGAGACUUGCUUGGUAUUGCUUAUUUAUGUUUUAAAAACAACUUUCUGGCCACCAUCUUUAAAGGAAAUAUCACCAGCUCUGCACUGUGAUAACACCCACAGCUGGACUAGAUGCCUCUAGGGAUGGAGCCACUGCCAUCAUGAAGUAGUCAGGGCCAACUAUGGCUAGUGGAUUGUUGCCACUGGCUCAAUUGUGUUCUAUUACUAAGAUAUAUCCUGUAUAAGAAGUUCUUCUUGACCAAGCCAAGACUUCCUUCCUGUUCUGAGAUCCCAAAGCCAUCUUUUGGCCUCAUCUGAAAAAAGAUUGCCUAUAAUCCUAUCCCCCAAACUCUGGAGCCUGGACCAGCUUAGCUUAGAGGCUAUGUCUGUUGUCCUAAAUAGAUUCCUGAGACUCGGUGCAAAGGCUUUACUCUGAGGUUAGUCGGAGGAACUCACACUUUAAGACACGUCAGGAUGAUGCUUAAUGGCACUGGUAAGAGUAUGAUUGUGCAUCACCAAGUAAUAAAAAUCAGUCACACAGGCAUUUCAACUUGGAUAAGUGGGAGAAAAGAUUCAUCAAACAGAAUCUUCCUCUACCUUUGUCAGUUACCAAAUUGUUUCAGGGGAGGGCAGUACUUUCUUUUACAUUCCCUAUCCCUACCUUCAUCAUACCUAUUACACCUCAAAAAACAUGUGAAAGAGAAUAUGCACACUGAUAUGCAGCCCUCCUCAAAGCCUGAGACCAGGCUACAAAAGGGUUCUGCAGAAGUCUGCUGAGACUCAUUCUGAGGGCCCGACAUUUGGCCCAAGGUUUUAGGAGGAGGGUCGGGAAUGGCAUGCCAACCCAAACUUAAAAAGCCAAGGGAAGGCAAGGACCUGUGGAAAUGAAACUUAUGAUGACAUCUCCAAGUUCUGGACUUUUUUUUUUUAAAGGUGAGAAAUAAUCACACUAAUCCAAAGUCUGUUGCUUGAGAAGAAUCCAAAAUACCCUAUUUCACUGGUACUGUUUUCAGCAAGAUCUCUUCAGCUUUGACUGCUCAGACUUUGAAUGGAAUGGAGAGAAUCUCAAGUAUGUUACAGCAUUUGUCUUUUUAGGGAGUCAUCAUGGCUGGAAGAACUGUGCUAUAGAGGAAAAGGAGAAUAGGGUAGAGGAACAGGGGCCAAUCUACACCUUCAACCAAGAAGUUCUGCUAAAGAAAAAGCUUAUCCAAGUUCAAGACUCAUUCGGAUGGACUCUUUGGUGUACCUCCUCUUCACUCUAAGUCUGCCUUUAUUCUUUCCUAACAAAACAAAAAACAACAUGCUACUUCUGGGCUGUAUGUGGAGAUAUACUCUUGGUGGGCCAGGGAAUGUAAAAACAGAGACCAGCAAUGUCAAAAGCUUUUUUACUGGUGAAGUAGAAAUUUUGUGUCAUUGGGCCUACAGCUGAGCCAACCCUUAAGAGGCUGGAAUGUGUGCCAAGCAUGUGUACCCACGCCCCUCAGCCUUUCCAGUCUGGCCUAAAUGCCUACACGUGUAGAAGUGCCCUGGAAGGCCUCAAUAAGAGGAUAGGGGGACAUGAGUCACUGGAAGCCCUCUUCCUUCUGGUCACUAUGAGUCUUUGGCCAAGUUCCUAGGGAAACCAGGUUCAUGUUCCUGAAGAGAGUCUGGUUUGUAACCUAGGUUUCCAUAGUAAUCUAGGCAGCUGACUUAGUUUUACAUUCAUAGGAAAAUCUCUGAAUAGACUGGGUGAAGCUGCUAGGGUUAGGGAGAAACAGGACUUGGAAACUGGCACCAGCAGAGUUGGCAACAGGGAAUGUUCUUCAAUGAUUUCGUUGCAUACCAAGCCUAAAAGUCCCCCCAGCCUCAAAGUCAUCCUAACUUCUCUGCAUACUUGACAAGAGCUUGCUCAGCAAGUGCUAGACCCAGGGAAGGAUUGGCAUUGGCCAUGAUCUUCCUUCUCAGGCAUCCAAGCACAGUCCCUGGGGCUGGCUUCAGAAAUCUCCCCUACCUGAGCCCCACUUCUCCCAGGAUUCCUCUCCUGACUGCUUCAGUUGCCUCUUUCCUUCCUGCUCUCUCCCCCACUUCUUUCCUUCCUUCCUUCCUUUUGCCUGCAGUUGCGAUUACUUUUCACUAAUGUGUUGGAAAUGGCCUUUUUUUUUUUUUUUUGCACAAAUAGUUACACAUUUAUGGGGAAAUUUUUGUGAAGUCCAUUUUUAACUCUAAAGGGAACUUUUUUCCUCUAAAACUUACUAGUAAAGCUACUGAUGCAGAUGGGCCGCAUGGUUAGGGGAAAGCUCCUCUAUGGAAAGAGCAUGUUUACUCCUCUUGUACAUUUUCCUCUUUUAACUGCUAUUAAACAAGAUAUCCUACAUACCUGUUUCAAAAGCCA